AUGAACGGGUACCAACAGGACUACCAGCCGGACUACCAACAGGGGGGCUACCAACAAGAUGUCAGGCUUGACGACGACGCCUUUGGCCCCUCCAAGGGCGGCAUCGUCUCCGGCUUCGAUGCUUUCCCCAAAACCAAGAAGACGUACCUCGUGCAGGGCCGCAACUCAUCCGCAUGGACCGUCACCCUGAUCCUCACGUGCAUCUGGCUCGCCUGGACCGAGACCGCGCGCUGGUUCGCCGGCACCACGACGCAGACCUUCUCCGUCGAAAAGGGCGUCUCACACGACAUGCAAAUCAACCUCGACGUCAUCGUAGCCAUGCGCUGCGCCGACCUACAUGUCAACAUGCAGGACGCCGCGGGCGACCGCACCCUCGCCGGCGACCUCCUGCGCAAAGACGCCACCAGCUGGGCGCAGUGGACCGGCGCCAACGCCGAGCGCGGCGUGCACGAGCUCUCCGACAGCAUCAGCCAGGAGUGGGACAUGGACGACCUGGAAGUGCACACGCACCUGAGCAUCAAGCUGAAGAAGAAAUUCGGCGCCACGCCCCGCGUCCGCGGCGCCACCGACGCGUGCCGCAUCUACGGCUCGCUCGACGGCAACAAAGUCCAGGGCGACUUCCACAUCACCGCGCGCGGCCACGGGUACAUGGAGUUCGGCGAGCACCUCGACCACACUUCCUUCAAUUUCUCGCACAUUGUGCGCGAGAUGAGCUUCGGGCCGUACUACCCGGCCAUGAACAACCCGCUCGACAACACCAUCGCGCUGACCCCGACGCCCGCCGACAAGUUCUUCAAGUUCCAGUACUAUAUUUCCGUCGUCCCGACCAUCUACACGGACUCGCUGACCGCCCUGCGCGCCCUCGAUGACCCGGAGAGCACCACCGCGGGCCGCUUCGCACAGCACGCCAUCAAGACGAAUCAGUACGCCGUCACCUCGCAGUCCCACACGGUGCCCGAGCAGAGCGUGCCGGGCGUGUUUGUCAAGUUCGACAUUGAGCCGAUUCUGCUGAGUGUGGUCGAGGAGUGGGGCGGCUUCUGGCGCCUGGUGGUGCGCCUCGUGAAUGUGAUCUCGGGCGUCAUGGUUGCGGGCGGGUGGGCGUGGCAGAUGUAUGAUCUCGGGCUGGAGGUUUGGGGGAAGAGGGGGCGCAGGGGCGGGGAUGGGAUGGGCGUGUUGGGGACGCCGGCGAUGGAGAAGAAGAGUUGGGAUUAG